AUGAGCGCCGUGGAGUCCUCGUCUGCAGUGAAUGAGGCUUUCCUUCGCCGUGAGCAAGCCAAACAAGCAGCAGCAGAGAACAAGACGUUCAUGAAAAAAGUGAAGAAGUCGGCGAUGAAAGCAGUAAGCCAAAGUCAAAAAAAGUUCCAGUUCCUGAAGUUUGCCAACCGCAAGCUGAAAGCCCACGGUAGCGACGCGUCCGUAGCCAGCAGUUCGGCAUCAAGUCAAGGAUCAAGCAGUUCUAACAGCUCGAAUGGACAGCUGAAUUUCAAGAUGACCGCGAAGCAGGCCGCAAAGAUGAAGAAGGCAAAGAAGGCGGAGAAAGAAAACGCAAAAACUGCAGCAAAUGCCUCUUCUAAGCCCGACAUGGACAGCAUGAAGAAGCAGCUCGCCGAGAUACAGCAGACCAUGAUCGACAUCGCCGCCGCCAAGAACGUGCCUGCUGAGGCAUAUGCAUCGCCGAGUGGAAAAGGCCCCAAGAAGCUCAAAGCCCCCAUGAAGCAGACCCCCGGCGAGCUCAAAGACGCCCAGCAAAAAGCGAUGAAAGAAAUCCUGCAGGCGCUGGCCCCGUCGGAGGACAUCAAUUCGCACCCGAAGACGCCGAAGGAGUUCUGUGAGUCCAUCGGUAGCCUUACGCAGAUCAAAGCCGCGGACUGGAACAAGCUUCUGAAAGAACACAACCUCAGCACGAGCUCAAGCAUGGGAAAAGCAGCCAAAGCCGAGCUGCUGCUGAACCACCUGACGGCGACUGAUGACGAGGACUGA